CUCAUCCAGUACAUGGUAUUCAACUGCAGAGACUUACUCGCUUGCCAACGCUCCAGCUAGAAUCCCCAUUCAUGUUCCUGAAUUUGAACAGGUAUGCGACCGUCGAAAUCCUUCAACUAUUUAGGUUUCGAUCAUAGGGCGGCUGUAGAUACUCCUCAAAAAGCCUUGCUCGGACUCGGACUCGAAGUGCCCUUAGCAUCACUUCAGUUCACGAAAUCAUUAUCCUCUUCGCUAUGGCAGACUCCACAGCUCCUGUCUUCCAUGUAGAGCUAGUGUUUGGUCCAAUGCUCAUCGGAGUCUACUUCAACAUGAUUUUGUUUGGUGUCCUGCUCAAUCAAAUGCAUUUUUACUUUCAAAACUACAAGGCCGAUGCGCUCUGGAUUAAAUUCUUGGUGGCAUACCUACUCGUAGUGGAAACCGCAAACACAGUGUUCGAUAUGGUCAUAAUGUACCAGCCAUUAAUUACAGAAUAUGGGACCGAGAAAGCUGUGGCAAACUUCCCUACUCUUUUCAUGACAGAGCCCAUUGUCGUUGUGCUUGUAUCGAUGCCCAUCCAAUGUUUCUUCGCGUGGCGGAUCUCCAAGAUCACCAAGUCGUAUAUAAUACCAGGAUUUAUUGUAGUUUUGGCGUUAACAUCUGCUACUGGGGGCUUCAUAACUGGAAUCAAAGUCGCGAUUCUCAAACUCUUUAUCAAGAAGCCUGAGCUGCACUGGUCGGCUCUUUUAUGGUUCCUUCCGUCCUGUGUGGCAGAUAUUAUCAUUACAAUCACCUUGGUUCGAAGUCUGUCCAAACGCAAGACUGGCUUUGGCGCAACCAAUACUAUGAUAGACAAGCUCAUCAGAAUGACCGUUCAAACGGGGAUGAUAACUGCGAUAUGUGCUAUAGGUGAUGUUGCUUGCUUCAUGGCUUUACCUCACACUGCCAUCAACUUCACUUGGGAUCUCGCUUUGGCGAAACUCUACACUAAUUGCUUGAUGUCCACUUUGAACGCUCGCUCAGCACUUGUUAACAGAAACCAGACCUCCACCUCUGGUAUGUUCAUCAAUGUGGUUGAUUCCGCUAGUCAAAAAGAUAACAGAAGACAGACUUCCAGCAGUACUAUUGUGAAGUUCGCCAACAAUCUACAUAGUCUUGAGAGUGGCACCAGCGACGUAUACGAGCUUGAAAGCGCCAAGACAGUCGAGGCAGCCCAUGAUCAAGACUCUUCCUAUCACGAAAAUCAUCCUGAGUUGGAAAUUACUGUUAACAAGUUUGUUGAAAGAACUGAGGAUAAUAUCGAAUCAGGAAAUGUGUCGGCUCAGUAACUCUAUUUGACUGUUGGAUGUUGAACUGUAAAAGGUACUUCGGGCAACAUCAUCAUUACUUCUGACACUUUCGUGCCUGCCACUCUCGAAGUAACAUAUUUAUUUGAAGUGAUUCUGGCCAGAGUCACCCACCUCCCAUUUCCGGUUCUCUUUUUUCCGGAUUUCUUCCUUCUCAGGAGUUCCCAGGUCUUGAAACAGACGCCGAGAACUUGAACAUCGCUUUGGUCAAAGAGAUUUCGCAGCAAUUUUAUUGAUAAUACCAGGGGCUCUCAUCGAGAUGCAUACUAUCGCUUAUAAUUUGAGGUACAAUGA